GACAUACGAGACAAGAGCACUUAAUUACCCAGUGAAUAAGAAGAACGAGGUACACGUGAAGGCAGAGGAGGCGAAGAUUUGUGAUAAAUCAAGAGUUUUGGACAUUUAUCCAGAUUAUAACCGAGUAAAAAUGCCGAAGAUAAAGGCGGAGAAGAAGAGCAGACAGCACCAGGAGGUGAAAAAUCAAGGUAUGUGUUUACAUGAUAGGGGCUAGCUUUAGCAUGAUAGCAAACACUGUCAGCUGUGGGAAGGUAACUCGAUUUAAAGUUGUGUUUUCCAUUAUAUUGACCGCAGACCUAAACAGAUGUUUACUCUUUUACCGUGUCAAUGUUUAAAGAAACAAUUCUGUCACAUUUUUUCCUGUCCUUGUCAAUAUCUUGUUUACCAUCCAUAUUAUUGCUGAGUUACACCAAUGCUCAGUUAAAUUCACCAAGUUAUACGAUGUUCGAAGAGUUUCCCACAUGUCAGGUCUCUUCUCUUUUACAGGGAUCAUGUUCAACACCGGGAUUGGCCAACACAUCCUGAAGAAUCCAUUAGUUGUCAACAGUAUUAUUGAGAAAGUAUGAUAAAUUCGAGUAAACUAUAGAUAAAUACUGUUUACUAUACAUACAGAUUCAAGCUGUAUCAAGGCAUAUUUGUGGCUGUGUUCUUUAGGCUGCUCUGAGGCCGACUGAUGUGGUUCUGGAAGUUGGACCUGGUACCGGUAACAUGACAGUGAAGCUGCUGGAAAAGGUCAAAAAGGUGAAACAUGUUUACUUUAAAAUCUGCAAGUGUAGGUAGACAAGAGUAUGUGUGCUGUAAUGCUCUAGUCAUUCUGUUCAAAUCAGCUGACUAAUUCUUGUCAGGACGUUUCUAUGUUAUGUUACAGUUAUAUGUUUGGUGGCUGCGGCCCUAUAUGUACUGUUGAUGAAGUUAGGUGCUGUUCUGAGCAUUAUUUGUGGCUAUAGAGUGGUGUUUUGGUUUAGGUUUGUAUAUGGCUCUUCAGACUGCUGUGUAUUGCUAUCUACAGUCAUUACUAAAGUUGGUAUAACUAGAGAAGCAAGCGGUCAGAAACAUUUAUCUCUUGAGGGUGUGUCUGACUCGGUUUUAUGGUGUGUUUGACCCUAAAUUAAUUUUAUGCCAGAAUAUCCCUUUAAGUGGUACUUUCUAAAGUCGUAUUCUAUUCUUUCAAGAAAAACUAAAUGCAAAUAGGACUUAUUAAUUUUGUAGAUUAUGAUGUUUAUUUUUAUUCUUGAACCUGUUUCUCACAAAAGUGUUUUUAUAUUAAGUAAUUCAUGCUUUACCACAGCAUCUGGCAACAUGAAAUUCUGCAGCAACCGCACAAGAGCUAAAAUCAUAGAUUGGUACUGAGAUCAUCGAUCUGAACACUAUUUAUAUUAUUUGUUGUGUUUUUGCAGGUGGUGGCCUGUGAGCUUGACUGCAGAUUGGUGGCUGAACUUCAGAAAAGAGUGCAGUGCACGUGAGUGAGGACCUAAAAGCUUUGCCUCCACAUACAGCAUAUCUGCAUAGCACCUAAAAUAUUCUUUAUAAAAGUCAGUGUGUGAUAUUUCAGAGGACAUUGUUGUUUCCCUACAGACCCAUGCAGACCAAACUUCAAAUAUUGGUCGGAGAUGUUCUUAAAACAGAUCUACCAUUUUUUGACGCUUGUGUGGCUAAUUUACCGUACCAGGUAACAUAUGAUUCGUUUGCACUUCUCACAACGAACUUUAUGUCACUUAAAACGUUUAAAACAAACUUUUUCUUUACAGAUUUCUUCACCAUUUGUUUUCAAGCUUCUGCUGCAUCGACCCUUCUUCAGGUACAUCUUCAUCUUCUUAUUGUUGUUGUUGUUGUUAUUGUUAUUGAGCCCCUCUGUUUGUCGCUCUCGUGGUCAGGUGUGCCGUGUUGAUGUUCCAGAGAGAGUUUGCCAUGCGUCUGGUCGCCAAGCCAGGAGACAAGCUGUACUGCAGGCUGUCCAUCAACACACAACUCUUGGCUCGUGUAGACCAUCUCAUGAAGGUCAGUGCACAAUCUCCAGUACUUGCCUAUCAUUGACGUUUUGGAUACUGCUUAAUCAUCUUAUCUUGUGUUGAUACAGCUGUUGAUGUUUCCUCUUUGGUUAGGUCGGAAAAAAUAACUUUCGUCCCCCUCCUAAAGUGGAGUCCAGUGUGGUCAGGAUAGAACCAAAAAAUCCUCCUCCUCCAGUGAACUUCCAGGUAGGGUUUGACGUCAGUAAGAGUUUAUUAAUAGAUAAAAUGUAGAUACUUGAUGUCAUCUUUCUUUUUUGAAAGGAGUGGGACGGUCUGGUCAGAAUAGCUUUUGUCAGGAAGAACAAAACCCUUAAUGCAGCCUUCAAGUGAGUACCCCUCUGAUCAACCCUAAUUUGAGUUUGUUCUGUUUAAAAUGAGUCCAAAAAAAGAUAAAAUAAUGUUUAAAUAUUUCCAGGUCCACUGCAGUAGAACAACUCCUGGAGAAGAACUACAGAAUUCACUGCUCUGUACACAACGUGGUGAGUCAUGGUUUGAUUUUGAGCUGAAAUUUUUUGUUUUGAAAUCAAUCUUACUCUCAUUUUUGUUCCAUCUUGUCAGGAAGUGCCAUCAGAUUUUAACAUCUCCACGAAGAUAGAGACUGUAUUAAAAGAAGCUGAUUUCAGUGAGAAGAGAGCCAGGUCCAUGGACAUCGAUGACUUCAUGGUGUAAGAUGAACUCCUGUUUCUUGUUUUCUUUGAACAAGUUUUAUUUCUUUCAUAAUCUUCAUAAGACGCAUAUAAGUUCUGCUUGUUUAGUUCUGAUUGUUUUCUCUCUUUACAGGCUGCUUCAUGCAUUUAACUCUGCCGGGAUCCACUUCUCUUAGAGAGGGAGCUGAGGGGAUCUGUUGUGCCUCCAUUAUCACAGAUGAGACGUUAUUUGGAUUUGAGUGGGGAAAAUUGAUUUUUUUGAGCAACUUUUAAUCUGAAGCUGAGAUUUACAGGUAUCAAACUAGAUGUGUAUAAGACUGCUUAAGGAUACAUUUAGAGCUCAUAUUGAGUUCCUGUUUGUAUAACUGCUGAUGUGAAGAGUCCCACCUGCAUGUAUCAGAGACUGAAAUCAGUGUCUGAGUAAAGAUGUGCCUCCAUGUAUGUCCACUCUGUGUUCACAGAAAUCAGUGCAAAUGUCCAUCUGUACUGAAGAUUAAACAAAUUAAAUGUUGGUGGUCAAAAGUGACAGUGGUCAUUUAAAAUGUUUAAGGCCAUAACUUGGAUAUACAUGUGUAUUUCCAAUCAAUUUCUAAUACAAAAUGAUAAGGUGUUAAUAGAUACUAUUAAAAAGUUUUAGAAGUCAUUUACAGCCACAGUCAAGGGUGUAGGAACCAAGGAGAAAAUAAAAAGAAUAAACUUUUGGGGGAUCUGUCCUGAUAUUGUUCUGUCAAUCAAAAGCCUUCAUAUAUUCAGAUUUUUAAUAGAUUUAAAAACAGUGUUUUUGUCAUUCAUAUCUGUUGCCACUGUGAGAAACAGUGAAAAGCUGGCUCUACCCUCACCGGAAAGACCGGGCUCUCCGAGGAGGGCUGUGGACACCAACAAUCUCCCGCCAAAAACCGCGAGCCUAUUUAUUAAUGUCAUAUUUUACCCUUUCUUCUUUUUUUUUCAAAUAUUUUAUAGAAAAGUAAUGCUGUGCACAUCUUUAUUAAUGCAUAUAUAAGAUCUGUAUGUAUGUGUUUUGAUCCUAGGAUGUGAGUAAACCACCCAGAAAAAACACUUCUCCCUCUCCCUCUAGUUUAAAGACAGGCAUGAUUUAGAUUAACAGAAAUUUAGCCUGGUGUGUGUAAAACCUAUUAAAAAUUUUCGAUGUUGGAAUUGAAAUGAAAUGAGAUGAGAAAACAUUUUAGAGAUAAUUAAAACUAAAAAGAAAAAUCCUCGUUUGGCUUUAGUCAUGACCUUUUUGAUUUUAGUUCAUAAAUUUGCAUGGUUUCUUGCAUUCCUACUCACAAGUUUAUCACGCGUUAUUCCUAUUCACGAUGGUAACAACCGUAUUAGUGUUUAAACGGGCAGUUGCUAGUACUCACUGUCACCGCUAGAGGGCAGCAAACUCGCUUUGUCGUUUCGUUCGAUGGUUAUUUGUGUCAAGGUAGACAAAAUGCAAUAGUUUUCAGUUGCAGUACUUUCAAAAUAAAAGUUUUAUUGAAAUUGGAACUAAAUGUAGCGGUUAAGCAGUAAUGGGUAAGUAGAAAAUGUGCGUUGAAUGAAGCAUCAACAUUACUACUCUGGAAAAAAGGAAGUAGUUUGAGGCGUGGAUUGUUAUCAAAAUGUGUGAUUUUGUCAAACCACAAUUUUAAAUGAUGGAUUUUGUCAUUGCUAGAUUAAGAUUUUGACUUUAUUGCAAUAUAUCACAUAAACUAUGUUUCUUUUCACUUGUACCCCACCAUCCAAAGUAUAUAAAAGCUGGUCAUUUGAGGAUGUAAUAAAA